AGCGGUACUCGGUCGGCCGUACAUCUUCUCGUUCUCCAAUUAUUACGCUGGUUUCCGCGGCGCGCGCACUUACGCUUUGUCGCGAAAGCGGAAGAAACCUGCGCGCGCAGGAUACGUUUCGAUAAAAUCGUUUCAGUUUUUACUUCUCUACCGCCAUCUCUCGUUGUUUCUCUCGUUACCUCCGUUACCAUUAUCGCAUCUCUGUGUAAUUUAGUGGAACUCAUUGCUGAGCUUUUUUCUUUCUCGUCUCGUGACAAGAGGAAGAAGGAGAAAUUGGUAGAAGAAUCUUUACGCUUAAGAUCGUACAUAUGUUUAUUCUGCUCGUGAAAUUCGAGAUAUUGAUCGGUCUGGAAUUUUCUGUUCUUCCCAAGAAUUUUUACACUGUUCCUGAAAGUAUAACGAGGAAGGAGUGUUAAAACGUGUUUGUAGAGUGCAAACAUAUAUGAGUGCAAUUGGAACGAGUGAAAGGGCAAUUUGGGAAAGGGGGCAAUGGAAAAUGUAAAAAUGUUUUGAUCGUUAUAAUUGAUCCCCCCGAGUCGGAGGGCCCCUCUCGCAGUCGUUAGCGAUGAUUCCGCCAACGAUGCACGGUCAUGAAUUCAAUCAACCCCUGUCGAGGGUGGUUAUGGUCCGUAAAACGGAUCAAAGGACGUUCAGUAAGGGUAGGAGGGGCGGGGAGCCUCUGCUGGAAACGGUUACCAGGGAGACCGUCGAACUUUUCAACGGGGGUCGCGCCGAGAGGAAAUACACGUCCGAGACGAGAGACAUCGUCACGCCCAAAUCGAACAGUAUGCCCUCGCUCAACCUUAACGGAACGAAAAAGAAGGUGGUCGGCUUUGUCGACCAGCUGUCGCCUGAAAGGUCGAGGACGGAUUCCGUGAGAUCCAAGUCCCCUUUGACAGCGUCGCCGGCAUCUCCAGGGCCGUUGUCGAAUUCCUUGCACGGCAGUUUUCACGGAAGUUUAGGAAGCGAUGGCAUGUCUUGCAGCAGCGCCAGAUCAUCCUCGGCGUCUCCUGAUUCUGCAAGAUACACAUCCACACCGAUAACAAAAACUGACACACGUAAACCAUCUGUGCGCAGAUUGGGUCCUCCUAAGGAAUUUAUCAACAUUUGCCUUGAAACGCACAAUUUUUAUCGCGCGAGGCAUGGAGUGCCACCUCUUCGUCUCAACAAGCAGUUAUGUAAAACGAGUCAGGAUUGGGCUAAUAUACUGGCAACUAGAGGUAGAUUAGAGCAUAGGGCAAAUACAGAUUACGGUGAAAAUUUAUAUUGUAUGUGGAGCUCUAAUCCGAAGACUAUUGUACACGGUGAUGAGCCUGUAAACGAAUGGUAUGCCGAAGAAGGGCAACAUCAAUACGGAAAAGAGCCAACCACUCUAAAAACUGGCCAUUUUACUCAAGUUGUAUGGAAAGACAGUACCGAGUUGGGUGUUGGAAUGGCCAGAAAUCGAAAUGGUGAAGUAUAUGUCGUCUGUAAUUAUAAUCCGGCUGGAAAUUUCCUGGGCAGUUUCACGGAGAACGUUCUACCUCUCGGUGUGAAACCUAUAAAAAAAACUUUGCUAGAAGCUCUGCCAUAUUACACAUUAGACGAACAAGCAUGGCAACAAGAGGCUUUAAUCGUUCACAAUGAAUAUAGGAGAAAACAUCGUGUUUCAGAUUUGAGGUUAAGCAUAGAAUUAACAUCUGCUGCUAAGGCGUGGGCGAACACGUUACUGAACACGAACAAGCUGAUUCCUCAGACGUCGUCCCCGUACGGAGAGAAUAUCUACUCGAUGCAGUGUUCCGAUCCAAAGGUGAUCGUAUCGCCGCGGGAAGUCGUUUCGAAGUGGUAUGCCGAGAAGAAGGAUCAUAAAUAUGGCAUAGAGCCAAAGGUUUUAAAUACAUGCCAUUUUACACAGAUUGUCUGGAAAAAUACAACCGAGAUGGGUAUAGCAAUAGCCAAAAAGGAUGGAACCUGCGUAGUAGUUGCGUGUUACCAUCCGAGGGGUAACAUUGUUGGACAAUUCACGGAGAACGUGUUGAAGCCUAUAAAGCUGUAGUUAGACGGAUCUAUCUACAUUUGUCGAUAUUGUAUUUAAACGCUGUAUUUAUAACUAUCGUGCAUAGCGAGAAGACAAUAUGCAUAAUAUAUGUAAAUAUAAGAACGCAGAUGUGCAUACACGUAGAAUAAAAGAAAACAUUCCACGUACUACGCGUAAUCAAGAUAUUUCGUCUGUUUUAUUAAUUGUCGAUAUCGCAAUUGCAUUGUGUUGCAACUCUUAGUAAUGAUAAUUAAAAAACGUGUAUGUAUGAUGAUAAUGUUUGAGGAUCGACUUUCUUUUUGAAAAUAUGAUUAAUUUUAUUCUUAUUUUGUAAAGGAAGAUAAAUUUUGACUUAAAGAUUUUUUUUUUUUUAUUUAAAUGUAAAAUUUUUUUACUAAGAUAAAAAUCUUUCUACAGGGCAGAAACACUCAUUUGGUGCAAUGAUAGUUUCUUAUUUCCUGACAUAAAUGCUUUUACUAUUUUUAUUGCUUUUUUUUUAAAUAAUUAAGUAUAGAUUUUUUGUUUGUUAAAACACCAGUAAUCAAAAGAUGGAUUACUAAUGAGAUAAUGAUGCUAAUUUCUUACUAUAAUUUCUUACAAAUAAGUAUAGCGUUAAUAAAAAAAAAAAAAUUGUCAGUGACUGACCGUUCCUUCACUAUUUACCUCAAAACCAUGAAGUGAGAUACAAUUGUAAUUUUUCUGACAAUACAACUACGGGUAGAAUGUAGUAUCGAAUCUAGAAUUCUUGUCAUUUAAAAAUACAUAUUCGUUAUGUAAUAUUUUCUUUCUAUUUUAAACAAAAUAAAUUAUUCAAAAACUA